ACAACGUAGUGAUAAUCUUUUACUUAUGUUUAUUGACAAGAAAGACGAUUUUUUAAUAACUAUGUUGAAAUAUUCAGUUUAAGGAUGAUUAUUCAAAAAAAGUGUGUUGAAGAAUGACUACAAUGACGGAUUUAAAAACCGUCGUAGUAGUCCCGUGGUUACAAAGAUGAUUUUACAAAUCCAUCUUUGAAUGAUCCAAGUUAUUUCUCGCUUUCUCUAGAUCAGUCCCCCGAUCACUUCAAACUUAGAAUCCUUUUUCUAUUUGUCCUCGACCAAACCCUCGAAUAGCUCGAUUUUAUAAUCCAUGGCGAGACCUCUCAAGCCACACUCAUCUUCCCACGAAGCGCUCUCCAAUGCUUCCAGUUCGUCCGAGGAAGAGGAGCAAGUCAACGAGCAGAUCAGCGAAGAGGAAGACGAGGAGGAACUCGAGGCGGUGGUGCGCCCCGCCAGUUCCGACUAUGACGAAGACGAUGACAAAGUUGCCGGCGACAAUCCACCGAACUCCGAUGAAUAUUCCGCUGCCGCCGAUGACCUGGAUGGGGAUAGUGUUGAUCCCGAAAUUAGCAAGCAAGAGAAGACUAGAUUAAAAGAAAUAAUGCAGAAAGUGAAGAAACAGAAGAUUCAGGAGAUACUGGAUGCACAGAAUGCGGCCAUUGACACUGACAUGUUACGAACAAUCGAGGGAAGGGGGCGUCUGAAGUAUCUCUUGCAGUAGACCGAGCUUUGCUCAUUUUGCAAAAGGGGAUCAAUCUUCGUCUCAGAAGAAGUCAAGGGGAAGGGGUCGCCAUUCAUCCAAUUUCACUGAGGAAGAAGAUGAAGAAUACCGAAAAGGAGAAGAAGAUGGUCUAGCAAACACACGUCUGGUGACACAACCAUCAUGCCAAGAGAACAAGGUAUGCUUAUUCUCUUAACCUUUCCUUUCCUCAAAGGCACACAUUAAAAACAAGGCCAAUAUAUAGAAAUGAAAAUAUCUUUAUUAUAAAUAACAUGUUAUAGAUCCCAAGUUGACUAGUGAUAUGUUCUUUUUAUAUUUACAUAUCAUGCUGUUUGCACUGUGAUCUUUAGUUUUCAUCCUUUCUGUUAGUCUAAUACUGUCAUUAUAAACACUUUUCAACUUAUGUGUGCAGUCAAUUACCAUUCAGUGUUUGGAAGCACUUCAGUUUUUGCAGUCUUGGACUAAUAAUACAUUGUGACUUGAAGCCGGAGAAUAUUUUGGUUAAAAGCUAUAGCAGAGAUGUGAGGUUAAGGUCGUUGAUCUGGGAAGUAGCUAUUUUGAGACAGAGCACCUUUGCUCGUAUGUUCAGUCCAAGUCUUAUCAUGCUCCUAUAGGACAAGAAGGUUAUUUUGUGGCUUCUAUAUGACAAGAAGAUUGAUAUUUGGUCACUUGGAUGCAUCUUGGCAGAACUUUAUACUUAUAAUGUUGUAUAAAUUAUUUAUUUUAUA